UUCUUUCCUUUCACCUUCCUCCCACGGAAAAAACACACUAAUGAGUAGUCGCCAGUGACGAAAUAGGCAGAGGGCAGACCGGCGUAUUUAUGGUGAUGGAAAUCAACCAUUCUCAUUACUCAUACAGAUCCCUCUCUCUCUCUACAUAAUAUAUACAUACAUAUCUCUCUCUGUAAAACCUAAAAUCUCUAGCGAGCGAUCUAGGGUUUAGUAUUUUUGAGAGAGAAAGAUGAUACAGCUACUUUUCAUGGUGAUAUUUGCCGAAACGGCAUUGAUUCUGCUCCUGCUCUUCAGAACCCCUCUCAGAAAGCUUGUGAUCAUGUCUUUGGAUCGCGUCAAGCGAGGCAGUGGUCCUCUCGUUGUCAAAACCAUCGCCGGAGUCGUAUUCGCUGUCUUGCUCGUCAGUGUUUACAACCUGAGGGAGAUCCACAACCGUUCCGUCGAAGCUCUCAAUCCCACGGACCAGGUUCUCGCUUCCAAGUACUUGCUUGAAGCCUCGCUUAUGGGUUUCUUGCUAUUCCUCUUGUUUAUGAUAGAUAAACAGCAUCAUUACAUACGAGAACUUCGUGUACUCAGAAAGACCAUGGAGGCUGCGAAGCAACAAAACAGAAGUUUUGCGGAUGGCAAAAAUGGAGGUGGGGAGGAGCAAAAAGCCUUGGCUGAGGAGAUUUCUAGAGUGAGGACAACGAUCACGAAGUUGGAAUCUGCAUGUGAGACAAAAGCAAAAGAGGUGAAAGCCGCAGAAGUCAAUGUAGCAGCUCUAAAGAGUCAAUCUGAAGGAUUCCUUCUAGAGUAUGAUCGCUUGGUGGAGGAGAAUCAAAACCUUCGAGACCAACUGCAAUCGAUUGACCAGAGCUCGUCUCAUUCUGAUAUCAAGAAGAAUACGUAAGGGGGAGGUGGCAGGCAAUUCACAUCUAUUUCUGUCCAAGGUUUGAAUUCUGAAAGAAGCACAGAUGGUUGGUUCCCAAGUAAUGAUCGGUUUUUAACUACUCUGGAUACUGCUGCUUGGAGCAAUCGGAAUAUAUCAUCAAUAUAGUAGAUCACUUCAGUGUUUUUUUUACUAAUUUUUAUUUUUACGGGAAUAUGAUUUCUCUGCAUCACCUUUCAAUCCUGGUAUUAGUAUUUAAAAAUUAUGUGAGGCGAAUAUAGAGAGAUUUGUAGCUGAAAGUUUUGUUUAACAGGAAACUCCAGUCCAUCUGAUAUGUAUGCUUUUAUCUAAGGUGCUUUUUGAUAA